AUGCCUCUUAUCUCCCCCUCGCAAGCGCGCGCGCGCUCGUCACGGUCGUUUUGGUGCUUCAUGCUUCUUUUCCAGACCAGGGCCGUGUCCUCGACUCGUGGACCGUGA